UGUAGGUUUUGAGGUCAAACAGGAACCCUGGGGAAUGCCUGAAAAAGCCAAACAAGCGGUGACAUUCUGCGUAGACUGGGCGACUCGGAGCCACCACUGUCUGCAGAGCGCUGGCUUGGGCGACAGUCGCUCCUCGGUCAUCGGCAGCCAGGAGCGCAGUGACCCCGCUAAGGCUCUGUUCUGAAGCAGCUACUGUAGCCAACGGUCUUCUGGGGGGACAGCAGGCGCCCCGCGGGACCCCAAGGUGGCCUCGCCACCCCUCAUUCAUCCCGCAGACUCCGGCAGUGGGCCCUGCUCUUCGUCUUCCCUCGGUCCCCCAUGGAGGAGACGCGGGAGCCUCUGCCCAUGACCGUCCACCUCCUCGCCGACUGCGGCCACGGCUCGCUCCUGCAGCAGGCUCUGGACCAGCUCCUGGAGUGCAUCCGCCCUGAGUUGCGCCUCUUCCUGGUGUCCGAGCGGGUCAGACCCGUGAAAUAUUAUGAAAAGUUCCACCCUCGGCGUUCCCGGUUCCCGGGGAUGUCUGUCCUGCUCUUCCUGAAUGAAAGCCUAGGAGAGGAGCGGCUGCUCCGCGCCCUGGAGUCCCUGCAGCAGCCGCCCUGGCAGUGCUACCCUCCCCAGGACCCCCAGGGGAGGCUGUGUCCUUACCUCCUCGCCAGCCAGGAGUUCUACAGCCUGGACAGCCGGAUGCCCGUCUGGGGCGUGAGGCAGGUGCACUGUGGCGCCGAGCUCCUCAGGCUGACGCUCUACUGCAGCUUUGAUAACUACGAGGAUGCCAUCAGGCUCUACGAGAUGAUCCUGCAGCGGGAAGCCACUUUGCAGAAGAGCAACUUCUGUUUCUUUGUGCUCUGUGCCACUGAGAGCUUCUCCCUGCAGCUCUCCCUGAAGCAGCUGCCCCCGGGGAUGGCAGUGGACCCCAAGGAGUCUUGUGUGCUGCAGUUCAAGGUUCAGGAGAUCGGCCAGCUGGUGGCUCUUCUACCCAACCCGUGUGUCCCCAUCAGCAGCACCCGGUGGCAGACCCAGGACUACGACGGCAACAAGAUUCUGCUGCAGGUCCAGUCCAAUCCAGGCCUUGGCUCCAGGAACAGCGAGCUCUCUGUUCUGAGCGGCACCAUGGAAGCUGACUCGCCCCAUCCGGGCCCCAGGCUGACCUCAGUCUCCGCACAGAGAACGCUGGAGCCCCGGAGCCGGAGAAGCCGAGCCAGGAAGUUCAAGGUGCGCUCUUUGGAGCUGCCUCAGCCCAGCGGGACACCGGAGGCCAGCUCCAUUGGGGUCCCGAGGAGAAGCCCUGGCUGGACCGCCCAGGCCAGCAGCUCAGCCGCGAGCACCCAGCACCGUCUCCCUUCUCUCCCACUUGGACUCGGGGCCAGAAUGAAAAUCCUCCAGGAAAACAGUUUUCAGAUGCUUGAGGCUGAGAUGAAUGUGGACACGGGGUUCACCGUUAUCAACUCAGAACCCAGACCAUCUUUUUGGAGCAGAUUUCCAAAGGAUUUGCGUGUCAGCCAACCGUCUAGUGUGUCAGGCUCUUUCUUUGAGGUGACUGCCAUAAAAAAUAAAAGGGUCCCAAAAGAACAAGGUCACCCUUUGUCACUCGCUGGUCAAAGUGAAUUUGGUACGAGGAAGAUGACCUCCAGAUGUCUCCUUCAUCUGCCACUCCAGGGUGAAGAAAAAGAAGAAGAAGAAUUCUUUAUAUAAGCACAAAACAAAUGUUUUUGAAAGCACAAGAUCAAAUAGAAUGUUCUAGAAGUGGGGCAUUGACCGCGAAGGGUCCUAUCCCUCUGAGAAAUCUGAAUGCUGUUUUGCACAGGUCUGCAUUGUUUUCCUUUCAAAUGUUCAAAGUGUCCAGGUGCUGCAGUGAUUAUUCGUUUGCUGUCCCCACCCAAAGGAACACAACCAAGCACAGAGAGAAAGCCCAACACCUCCUUCCCUGGAGAUGCACUAACCCAGCGGGAUGUGUGGAGUUCAGCACCUAUCAGGAUAAUUGCAUUGCAUGCAAAUGAAUGGGAUGUGCUACCCAUUGCUGAUUAGUGUAUGCAAUUUAGUUUUAAUUUUCACUGGGUUUGCAUAGCUCAUCUCCUUAAUAGCAUGAACUAUUUAGUCGUAAGUACUUUUAAAUUUUUAUGUGACCUCUUUUAUAAGUAGGCCCUGUUCACCCCAUACCCUCUUGUGAUUUUGCCUUUAAAGUUUGCAGCUGGAAUGAGUAAAAAUGCAGUGUUUUGCAAAUGGUAAACAAUUUAUUUUAUUCCCGUUUAAUGAGAGGGAACGCUGGGAGCUAGAAAACUGGGUUAAGAAUGAAGGGCAGAAUCCAAGGGAUUCCUGUUCCUUGGUGUCUUGUUCUCUCUACACGGAAGAGGCCAGUGGCUCUUCCUCUAGGCCAAAGAAGGCAAUGGAUGAUUGGGAAUUUGAGAUCCCACUGAACACAGUGGGAAGAUUGGAUCACUAGGGUCACCAGAGCAGCACUUUGGCUCUUUGGGCCAUAUCUGAAUCCCCAGUGUCCUCUGAAGCAGUCAUCAUUCAUCCGUUCAUACAGUCACUCAGUAAACAAUUAUUCAACACCUACAUCUGAAAAAAACAUCAUGCAUGUGGUACACAUACACUCCGUGACUGUCGGCACAAGAGAUGUUUAUGGUUUAUAACAAUGAUAAAUCAACUCUCUCAACUCUUAAAAAGGUGUUGAAGCCCCAAGUUAUUCCUCUAAGGACUUCUCUCAGUGAAUGCCUGCAUUUGCCACUGAGAAUAUGAGAAGCCUUUCCAACCUGCAGCUGAAGACUAGGCAAAUUAGGAAUUGCAAUUAUAAUAGCAAGAGAUAAAUUCUCAGUUGUGCACAUGCUGAUUUUUUUUUUUCAUUAGGUGUAUCUGUAAGUUUAAAAUUGUUUUUGAGAUUGUGUAUUUUAGUUAACUUAUAAAGUUAUUUGACCCUAGGACCUUCAUUUUCCAGGACAGCAGGAUAGAUAUUAUGUAGGAUAUAAAUGCUGAUUUAACUGGAGUUUUGCUUUUUAUAAUGUUGGUGAGAAAACCAUUCUAGGCAAGUGCUCUCCCACUGACUAUGCCACAAGCGCCUAGCUGGAUCUUCCAAAGACCUGGAUGCUUACUACCCCCAGAGGGGAGAAAGUUAAACUGAGCCCUAAAAACAGGUCUUGUGGAAGCAUGGUAGGUUGGGUUUGUGUGGUCUGCCCAGAAAAUGAGUAGAAGUGAAGAAAGCUACAAAUGGACAAAAAAGAGAUUUCUUUGUGUCCUUAGAACAUCAGUAUAUUCUCAUUUCCACUUUAUGUCUUUCUCCCAGAUUCAUAUUUGAGCUUAGAAAAACAGACUGAAAAUCUUUACUUCAAUAGAGGUUUCCAUAACAAGAGUUUUUUAAAAAAAGUUUUAUUUCACUUAGUUACUCUGCAACCUUGAAAAGCACAGCAGGGAGAAGCUUUAAAAUUUCCUGCUCACUGUUUUUGACAUUUUCUAAAUUCCUUUAACAUAAUAUGUGGGUGAGAAUAUAAAUACAUGGAAUCAUACAGAAUAUUUAGAAAUUCAAAUGAAUACCUUACAAAAUUGAUUUGUAAAAUAAUAUACUCUUAAGAUGUCACCUAUGGUAACCUACUCUCAGUGUGAGUCUAAUUUACAACGUGAUGGCAUGGAAAUGCCACUUGACAGGUGGGGGAGGCCUGAAUUUUAAAUGUCCUAUUUAUGUGACCUUGAACAUGUCAGUCUCUGUGAUCUUCUUUUGUUUUAUCUACUGUAACAAAGGUUGUUCAGAGAAUCAAGAUGAUGUAUAUGAAAGCAUUCAGGUAUUAUUGAGCAGCAGAUAUUAUUAUUGUAUUUUAAUUUAUAUUAUAUUGCAUCAUUAAUACAAGUGGUUGUCCAGACUCAGUUUUAAAAUGUCAUGAGAACUCCAUUUUUUAUGCAGCAAGUUUUAGUAAAAUCAAUGAAACAAUAAAAACUCCACCUAAG